UGUUCGUUCAGAAAAAAAUCCAAACCAUCAAAUGGUAAAGUUAUGGCUUCAUCACAUGUCAAGUUUUAUUUUCACAUUUUUAAAUAAUUUACUAUGAAUUUCUAGCCAGAUACAGUAUCAAGUGUUUUCAUGAUGAUUAACAGGCCAGAUCGUCUAAUUUUUAUGGCAGAUUUGUUGGUAUGGAUUAAAUUACGCAAAGACGAAGGUCAGAGCGGUUCGUUGGUUGAAGAUCACUGACUUGCCUGCAAACAUGACCAUAACUCCUGAAAACCAACGUCUGUCAUCGUUAUUACCACUCCUAUCAGCAUCUAGAUAAGGCUUAACCACAAAGUCACCACCGCUUUGGUAGACAAAUCCUGUAAGGUGUGUAAUUUUCAAAUAGUGUAGUACGCUAAAAGGCCGUUUCAUUGCAUUGCAUUGUCGUAGCCUGCUGUUCUCUAGGAAACAGGUCAGCUGUGCUAUCACGUAUGCAGCACCGAUAUGUGCUGCAACCGACGGUGCCGCACAUUUGCGAGGUGCUUGCAUUUGUGCAUCUAACUAUUUUCCAGCAGGUGACCGUCGCGGUCUCUGUAACUGAUUGUAUUGCGUCCGCAACAGCGAAUAAAUGUACGUUUCUAAUCAUACGUAUUCUUGCAGUCGCACGCUGAGUGACGAAGACUGAGAAAUUCACUGCGGGUUGAUGUACAUGAAAACACGAUUUUGACCAUCAUACAUUACUCGGAACCCCGAUUCGAAUCACAGAGAUAUUGUGUAAAGGAGUUCGCGUACCACGGCAUCAAAACCGAUGCACGGAGUAUCUGUCGUCAAAGUCGUGAUGCACAGGGUGAUCGUCGUAUGACCGUACUGUAACGCAAAUUUCAGCCAACACUCUAGCACUCACGUUCUUGGGGUAAACUAAGCGCAGGACAACGAUCUGCGAGUUAUAAAUGCAGCAAAUAUCCGCCUCGUUCUGCAGUCGGUUUACCUCCGCAACCAGACCUUGAUACCUGAUACUAACUUGUAGCACGCUGUGAAUGAAGUGAUACUCGGCUUUUGUCGUCAAGAGCUUAGUAAAAUUCCAUACGACCGAUAGCCAACGUGAUGGAGAUGGAAAGCCUAAAUGACAUAUCGUUCAUCUGACGCAAUUUUUUUUAAAGAAGAACAGCCACUUGAGAUGCAUCAAAAUAUAAAAACCGUGUUCUGUUCUACGUUGUCGACGACGGGCGUUGGUGUCCAUCACGACGGGUGUUUCCAGGCACUAUCUCGAAUCAUAGUGCUGGGGUGAUCAAAUCAAGAACUAGAGCUAGUGCACCAGCUCGAGAGAGAUGGGCUUCACUUUUGAUUGAGCUCCCAGGCGUUCUUCGUCGCUGUCCAUCCUGACUGAAGAGGUACGUCUUACCUUGGGCGCCGGAGACGGAACCACCAUUUUAAAUUGUUAGCGUCGGUCACUAUCGCGGAGAAUCACGCCCCGGUCGCGA